CCCUCGUAUGUACAUGUGCAUUCAGUUAGAACAAUCAAAACGCACAAAAUCAGUAUAUUUUUUAUUUCUGUAUUUUCAGAAAAUUUAUCAAGUCCCGGUGAUGCCCUCGAGAAAUACGAGCUACAAAAGAAAGUCGGUUCCGGGGCAUCUGGAACGGUACGAAUGGCACGACCUAAAGCGUCAAUGGAAGACGUUGUCGCUAUUAAAGUCAUGGACCUAUCAAAUCAGCCAAAGAAGGAACUGCUUAUUACAGAAAUCGAAGUAAUGAAACUAUACCGACACGAAAACAUUGUUAAUUUUCUAGACUGUUAUAUGGUUGGAGAGAAUCAGGAAUUAUGGGUAAUCAUGGAAUUUUUGGAUGGCGGUCCGUUAACUGAUGUUGUAACGGAGACGAAAAUGAAGGAAGGUCAGAUUGCGGCCGUGUCGAGGGAAUGUCUUAAAGCAUUAGACUUUUUACAUACGCAUAGCAUUAUACACAGAGAUAUAAAAAGUGCUAAUGUACUACUUGGCAUGAACGGAAGAGUAAAGUUGACUGAUUUUCGAUUCUGUGCCCAACUCAGUAGCGAGAAAUCAAAACGACAAGCAAUGGUGGGAACACCCUAUUGGAUGGCUCCCGAAGUUGUUUCUAGGAAACACUAUGGAAAGAAGGUUGAUAUUUGGAGUUUAGGAAUCAUGGUGAUCGAGAUGCUGGAAGGUGAACCCCCAUACCUGAACGAGACCCCACUCAAAGCCAUAUACAAAAUUGCAACUCAAGGCAAACCGGAUAUCAAAAAUUUCAAUAAAUUGUCUCCGGAACUUCAGGACUUCCUGAACCAGUCUUUGGAAGUAGAUGUUGACAAAAGAGCAACAGCAGCAAAAUUGCUGGAACAUCCGUUCCUAAGUAAGGCGAUGGACUUAUCAACACUUCGGCCACUUAUUGUCGCGGCAAAAAAGGCCACUGGACAUUAAUAAAUAUUUAAUGGCAUUAUAUUUGAUACAUUGUGAUAUCUACUAUCAUAUCUUGAACUUCAUUUGUGUCAUAUUCUAUAUCAACAAACACUUAUGUUUUGAAAUAUUUUUUAGUUGUGGGAUUUAUGUUAUAUACCUGUAAAUAUAUUAAUAUGUAUACUUAAACACGUUUAACAAAAUAUGAAAAGGUGAAUAAUAAGAAGACAUGAAGUAAUCAAAGACGGUAGUUACAUGUUGAUAUAUUAGUCUUCUUUGACCUUUCAAAAGAUAACGCGAGGGGGAAACAAAAUGUCAUUGACAAACAACUGAGUGAUUAAGCCAACUUUAUUUAUAUUCAGUGAAAAUGAAUUGUUAAGAAGCCAAAGACAAAUGCAUACAGUUAGAAUUUUCAGAUAAUUUCUGUGAAAAAAAUGGAAAACAAAUGCCAAUUUAUGAUUGACAAUUCAAAUCUCUGAUGAAAGUUUGCAGUAAACUUAUUUAAAUUCAGUGAAAAUGAAUUGUAAAGAAGCCAAAGACAAAUACGAGAACAACGGAAAACAUCUCUGAUGGAAGUGUGCAGUAAACUUUAUUAAGGAAUUCUCAAGUUUAUUUCUUUGAAUUUGUCUCAUUGAACUUACAAAAAGUGUCGACAAUGCAAGCAACGAGUUCUACGCCCAAAACGCAUGCGCAAAAUAUAACAUCCGUUGCUAGUGAUAUUUUUAAAUGUAAAACGAGUGAAAUGGUUUCCUGCGGGGAACAUUUUUAAUGAUAUAAAGAUAUUUCAUUUAACUAUUUUCAACAUUGUUUGGGGGGAUAAAUAAACGUUUGUAUCAGGAAUAUAGUUGACAAUAAUCGAUCAAAGGAUCAAAGAAGGUCUUUGGAAACUGGCGACCAAAGACUGGAGAAGGUCGAACAUAAAACAAUUAUUUCUUUUUAAGAAAAUGAUUAAAUAGGCCUACCAUUUUAUGAAUAAUUCCGAGCAAAAAAAAUUAAGUAAACACACAAGUUUACAAAAUAUCUCUAUUUAUUAUGGCAGAUGCCACUACGAAUAUUUUAAUUUUGUAGAUUUUCAAUUUAUUGUUUGUAAAAUUUGAGAUAGAUAUUAAAGAAACAUUGAUAAACAUUGAUAAACAUUGAUUUCAAACACAUCAUUCAAGUUUUUCCACCUUAAACGGUAAAAUAAUUAUAGAAAAUUAGAAAUGUCACUUAAUAGUUUUUACUCUUAAAGAUCCUGUAACACAUUUUUUUCAUGGUUUUAUUUAAAAAAUAUGACGCUCAAAUUAAGAUUUGUCAAUCUUGUAAGUUCAAAUAAGCAUUAUCUAUAAAGAUAUUACCCAAUUUAACAUUUUGCGUAAAUAAAGGGAGGUAAUUAGAAAUUUAUUUUCUAUAAAUUCCAAGUCAAAUUUUCCAAUAAGAAAUGAAUGCAUGUAACUUAUU